AUGCGAUGUUCUCAGAAGAGGAACUCAAAUCUAUUCAGCUUCAGCUUCAGCUUCAUGUGGGUCAUUAUCAGUCUGCUCAAGCAUGCGAAGCACAGUAAUACCCGAAUCCUGAAGUAAAAAGAAUAUUAUUUUCGGAUCGCAAGAAGCAUUAUUUUCACGUCGAACAAGAGAAAUAAUUAUUCAGUUAUUUAUUUACCUCAGCUCGGCCGAGAGAGAGGUACAAACUGCUGCAGAACAAGCCCCUGCCCUCGACAUCGAUCGAGUCUCAAGGAAGGAAGGGAGGUAAAGAGAAAUAGAGAACCCCCACAAACAACUGCAGCCCCGCGAGGACGGCUACACUCAAAUCCUGCCGCGCGAGCGCGAGGACGCGGAGGCAGGCGGCGGCCAGCGGCUUCCCCUGGUGGCGGCGUUGGGCUAA